AAGGGGGGCGGGUAAUGUAAAUUAAUUGCAAAUCAGCCCUCAGUCCUCGUCUGGUAGUUUCUCUUUCUUACCCGCAAUUAAGUAAGAAGGACAGGAACCAUGUCUUGUAUUUCAUUUAUGCACGACCUCGUCUCCUAACACCGCGGUCCGCAUAGAGUAAAAUUUCAGUGUUAAUUAGCUUUCCAACAGAGAGCAUCAGACUAACACUUUCAAAGUACCACUCCGCGGAAAGAGCCUUUGUGAAUGAGGCAGGUGCGGGAAGGAGGCUCACAGGUGAUCUUAGGGGGGGAUGAAAAUUCUCUAAGAGGGGCCACCAGGCCAGGAGAAAACAACUGGAGACCAAAGGGGUGCGGAGAAAAAAGGUGAAAAUGAGAAAGACAAGCAAAAAGAAACGAAGCCAGCGACCGAACGAACUAAACAAAAACCAAAGAAAAAGUCAAGCUCCAGGGACGGCGCAGACCUUAAGCAAGGACGCGCGGAGGAGCGGGAGAUGACAGCCCAGAAUCCCUUGCGGCUCCUCCUCCCCUGGCGGCAGUCUCCUAGGCAACCCGGUAAACAAGAUGGCGACCGCCGGGAGCGAUCCCCAGUGGCCGAUGCCUUCCUCUCUCCAGGGUAGUUCACGACGUGGAGCCCAGUCGAUACUGUCGCGCUCAGAAAAAGAGCGUCAGUCUUGCUGGUCUUCUUCCCCCAUGGGGCAGAGACGGAAAGGUACUUUCCACAGAGCCUCCUCCUACCUGCUCCCGCAGCUCGUUCACCGCUCUGUGGAGUCGGACGCGGACGGACAGGACUGCGGGGACGAGGGCGAGGGCGAAGUGGAAUCCGAGGAGUCCUCAGAGUCCGAGAUGCUGAAUUUGGAGGAGGAAUUUGAUGGGGUCCUGAGAGAGGAGGUCGUGGCCAAUGCCCUUCACCAGUUGGGGCGCUCAGGUUCUGGCACUGAGCAGGUCUACCUCAAUCUAACUUUAUCAGGUUGUGGUUUAAUUGACAUUAGCAUUCUCUGUGAAUAUGUUCACCUACAAAAGUUGGAUCUUUCGCUAAAUAAAAUUGAAGAUUUGUCCUGUGUGAGUUGUAUGCCUUACCUUCUAGAACUUAAUGCUUCUCACAACAAACUGACUACGUUCUUCAAUUUCAAGCCGCCCAAAAAUCUCAAGAAGGUGGAUUUUUCCUGCAACCAAAUUUCUGAAAUGUGUGAUUUGUCGGCUUACCAGGCUCUCACUAAACUCAUUUUGGACAGCAACGAGAUAGAGGAAAUCAGCGGGCUGGAGAUGUGCAGUGGCCUGAUGCACCUGAGUCUGGCCAAGAACAAGAUCACGUCAAUUAAUGGCUUAGGCAUGUUGCCCAUCAAAAUUCUUUGUCUGAGCAAUAACCAGAUUGAGAAGAUGACCGGUUUGGAGGAACUAAAAGCCUUGCAGGUCGUGGAUCUGUCCCACAAUCAGAUCAGUAGCCUCCAGGGCUUAGAAAACCACGACUUCCUGGAAGUGAUCAACCUCGAGGAUAAUAAGAUUGCUGAGCUGGGUGAGAUAGAUUACAUUGAAAAUCUACCUCUCCUUCGAGUUGUCAACUUUCUAAGAAAUCCAGUUCAGGAAAAGUCUGAAUAUUGGUUGUUCGUGAUUUUUAUGCUCCUACAAUUAACAGAAUUAGAUCAGAAGAAAAUUAAAGUGGAAGAAAAGGUUGCGGCAGUGAAUAGGUACAACCCUCCCCCAGAAGUGGUCGCAGCCCAGGAUCACCUGACCCAUGUCCUCAACAGCGUGAUGCAGCCACAGAGGAUCUUUGACAGCACUCUUCCUCGCCUGGACGCCCCUUAUCCCAUGCUGGUGCUGGCCGGUCCUGAAGCCUGUGGCAAACGAGAGCUCGCUCACCGCCUCUGCAGACAGCUCAGCGCUUACUUCAGAUACGGGGCCUGUCACACCACAAGACCGCCUUACUUUGGAGAGGGGGAUCGAGUCGAUUAUCAUUUUAUCUCUCAAGAAGUUUUUGAUGAAAUGGUAAACAUGGGGAAGUUCAUUCUAACAUUUAAUUAUGGGAAUCACAACUAUGGAUUAAGUAGGGACACCAUAGAAGCCAUCGCAAGAGACGGUUUAGCAAGCUGUGUUCACAUGGAGAUAGAAGGUGUCAGAAGUUUGAAAUAUUCCUAUUUUGAGCCUCGAUAUAUCCUGGUGGUGCCCAUGAACAAGGAAAAAUAUGAAGGAUACUUGCGGAGAAAAGGAUUAUUCAGUCGUUUAGAGAUUGAAUUUGCUGUCUCCAGAGUGGACCUUUAUGUUAAAAUCAAUCAGCAGUUUCCUGGAUAUUUCGACGCAGUGAUCAAUGCAGAUGAUCUGGAUGCUGCCUACCAAAAGCUGAGUCGUCUCAUCAGAGAGUACCUUGGGUUGUCUGAGGAAACGUCCAAGGAUUUGGCUCCAACCGCAGGUACUACCCUGUCCCUUUUGUGCCAGAACUUUUUGUUUUCGUGGAGAGGAGAACAAAUCUGUGGGUGCUCAUCGCCCAGCCUAAAGCUGGUUCUAACUCUUGAAUCCCUACACUUCCUGCGGUGUGAUUGUCCCCGCAAACGAGCUGUGUGGAUCAGCCCUCCGGGUCUGUCCCUCUACUUGUCUCAGUGGCCAUAGUGGAACUCAGGGGACUGUCCUUCAGGGACAUGCUGGCCAGUG